AGUAUGUCCAACCUGAAUGACAUCCCAGCAUGGAGUUUGGACGACUGUAAGGCUAGGCAGAGGGUCGUGCGGAGGAGGAUUACCAGCCUACACACUCGAAUCAAUGCCAUCGUGACGGGUGGAUUGUCCCGACGAGAUGCAGAGAGACAUCUAGCCGACGCACGAACCUUCCUUGUGGAAUUAGAGGCCAUCCAUGAUAGGAUCAUCGAGUUUUUGGACGAAGAUGAUGACGCAGCUGUGCAUACUCAGACCACGCAACAUCUUACUUAUGCUGCUACCGUGGACUCUGCCUCGUCUUUGGUCGAGAACUAUUUGACCCUACGCCUAGGUGACCCUGCCUCAGUAAUUGUCGAGACACCCGAAGAGAUUACAAGACGACAAGCCCUGCAGGCAGCUGAACAGCGACUCCGAGACGCACGAGUGGAGUUGGAGGAGGCAGAGAAGGCUUACGUCGAUUUAGGAGGUCAGAUCACACCUCAAGAUGGAUCAGAGAUCGGGCCCUCAGAUUCAGCCUCACAGAUCGGUGCUCGUCCAAUUCACAAGUUUGAGCACUAUCCGAUUGGCCCUGCCCUUCCCGCUGAUGCAUGGAUUGAGACGUAUCUGGCUGGUCAAGAGAAGCCCUUCGUUCCAGAGGAAGGCGAUCGGUCUUCCGUGACGGUCCAGUUGGAAGUCUAUUCUGGCCGGGCACUCGACUGGUUUAGCUGGAUCGGCAUGUUCUAUGCCCUAGUUCAUAUUGCACGCCAGACAGCAAGUGAAAAGCUGGCCAUUCUCAAGAAUUAUCUGAAGGGAGACCUAGCAGACAUCGUACACGGCCACGGAGGUGGAGAACAGGGAUACAAGGAGGCGCUUCAGCGUCUCAAGAGCACGUGCGGUAACCGUACGGUCAUUCAUGCAGCUCAUUUGCAGGCGCUUGACAGAAUGGAGGCUCCCCGAAACGAUCCGCAAUCUUUCAAACGAUUCGCCGAACGAGUUCGUACCCAUGUCUUCAAUCUCGCCACUAUAGGAGAAUCAGGCCACGUAGACAUUAUUGAGAGGUUGACACUGAAGCUGCAACUUACCGACCGCUUAGCCUGGAACGACAAGCGAGGGUUAGAGCUCGAUCAAAGUACGAUCAACGAUUGUGGGCGUUGGCUGAAGACACGGGCGGUGUCAUAUCAGAACGCAUAUGCCAUCUCCGAUGAACAACAUCAUCCAGCCUCCAAGAGCGGCCAACACUGGCCACAAGGACAGCAGCGGUCACAACACAGGAGAAGCGCCAGUACUCAUCAUGGAAUGUCCAGCGUGCGUGGACAGACGGAUCAUGGUUCGACUGAACUAAAGGAGAGGAGGCCGGCGGAUGCUCCACAGUGUUUCAAAUGCGAGGGAGCCCAUCGACUAGAAGAAUGCCAGUUCUUCAGGGAUCUGCCGGUUAGUGACCGGAUGACUUUCGUACAGCGGCGUGGAUUAUGCUACAAAUGUUUCGUAAUCCGGCACGGAGCAAUGCACUGUACCUUUAAGAAGACCUGCGGGGUGGAAGGGUGUAGUUUGAAUCACCAUCGUCUCUUACAUAGGAACCAGGGGCAUUCAGAUCGGACAGUUCGGCCCCACACUCUACGCUCUACGCCACGACAGAUCGGCUUCAAGAUUAUUCGGUUGGAUGCUCUCGACGCGGAAUGA